GAAAUAUGGCUAGGCCGUCUCCGGCACGUGUCGCAAUUCAUCGGCCAGGGCAAUCUCCAUCUCAUAUGUAUCCCGCUGUCACUGAUUCCACUUCUCUUCACAAAAUCGAGAUGGAAAUCGGCUUCACGGCCUCAGCUAUCUCUUGCACACUCCACUUCGUUGGCAUCUGCCCUUCCGCAAAUGAUCUUUGCUGCUACAGCCUUUUCCAUCUCGUUGUAUGACACAGUCAGAACCGGAGCAUGGAAAGAAGCUGUCUGUCUGGCACAUGUCUUCAUUCUUCACAUCUCACGUUUCAUAUUCAAGUCCUCGGCAUGGACGGCUUACCAUCACAUGAAUGCCAUAGCCGGCUGGAUCCUUCUCCUAGCUGUGAUCAAGUCUCUGCUUCCUCUCAUCAUCAUGGACUCACACUGCCAUGUGUCCACCGCGGAGAGCCUGAAACUGGCCUCGAUCGCUGCGCUCCUCUUUACCUCCUUCAUUUCUCCUCGCUCCAGGCAAAGAAAACCCUCCAAUCCAGAGGACCUGGUCCCCCGAAGCAUCACUUCUCCCGAGGAAACCUGCUCAUGGUUCUCUUAUUACCUAUCAUACGAGUGGCUUACACAGGUAAUACUGCGUGGGUUUUCACGGGACUUGGUUAUCGACGACCUGCCGGCCCUGCCAUCGUACGACAUGCCUCUACUUAUGCUACAGCGCUUGCUUGAUGUGCGUGCGAGGGGUUGGAAGCUCUUCUGGUCCCUCUGUCUAAUGUUCAGGGUCGAGAUCAGACGUCUGCUUGUCUGGGCGGUUCUCACAGCCACAGUCGAAUAUGUGGCCCCCUUGGCCAUGUUCAAUCUGCUCAGAUAUCUGGAACGCGCGGACCCCGAGGACAACAUCAUUCACCCCUUUGUUUGGAUAGCACUGUUGUUCCUGGGGCCCACAGCACGCUCUGCAUGCUACCAGCAGUCCAUUUUCAGGGGCACACGCCUCUUAGUUCUGUCGAGAGCCGUCGUCAUCCAGGAGGUAUACCACAAGCUACUGAGAUCAAGGGCGAGUGAUUAUCUUCACGUGGCAACGGAAAGACACCAUGGUACCGAAACCUCCCAUGGCCCUGAUGAGGAAUUUAGAGAUGGCCCGGCAUCGAAUUCAAUAAAGAUCGAGAGCCUGAUGUCUUACGAUGCCGACAUGAUCUCCAACGCGACCGACAUGUUCUACGCAUUUACAGCAAGCGCCCUUUCGACCGUCAUCGCCAUGUCCUUUCUCUACACGAUUCUCGGAUGGCCAUCCUUGAUUGGCGUUCUCGUUUUGGCAGCCCUGACUCCACUCCCUGCUGUCUUCUCGGGAAAGCUUUCACGGAUGCAGGAAUCGGUGAUGAAGGCAACCGACGCGAGGCUCUCGAGUGUUUCAGAAUACCUCAAUUCCAUCAGAACGCUGAAAUAUUUCGCCUGGGAACCAAUCGCGGCAGCCUCCGUCAACAAGAUCCGCAUUGCCGAGCAGCAAAGGAUAUGGAGGAGGAGUAUUGUGUCAAUGCUUGUGGCAAUGACGGGCGAUAUGUUAUCGCUCGUCAGUCUGCUCGCAAUGUUCACAUCGUUGAUUCUCCUGACCGACAGACCCCUAACAGCCCCGGCAGCAUUCACCUCUCUCGCAAUAACCGAGGUUCUGCGCUCGCAAUACGUCUGGCUCUCCAAGGUUGUCCAAUGGGUCGCCCAAGCCAAAGAAUCGGUACAGAGAGUCGACAAGUUUAUGGAGGUCUCUGUUGACAAGCAGCGCCACCCAUCUGGUCCCGCUUCACUGAAGAACGCGACGUUCUCCGUCUCAGCCCACUCACCCUUCAAAUUGCGGAACCUCUCCAUCCAAUUUCGGGAGGGCGCUCUAAACGUCAUCACCGGUCCUACUGGCAGUGGGAAAACCUCGAUGCUCCUUUCUCUGCUGGGAGAAACAAACCUCGAAUCCGGAGAGGCCGUUUGCCCUCUUGAUGUCGCCUACGUCCCCCAAACCGCCUGGAUACAGAACAGUACCAUCCGCCAAAACAUCCUGUUCUACAGCGCCUUCGAUGAGAAACGGUACAGAGCAGUCACCACUGCCUGUGCCCUGGAUGAUGACCUGGCUCGUUUUCCUUUAGGUGAUUUGACUCCCGUUGGCGAACGAGGUUCCACUCUGUCAGGGGGUCAAAAGCAGCGGAUCUCCUUGGCGAGGGCGCUGUACUCGUCUUCUUCGACGCUUUUCCUGGAUGACGUCUUCUCAGCCCUAGACGCGCACACGGCCUCGCAAGUCUAUAACCGAUGUUUCUUUGGGAAUCUGCUAGCUGGCCGAACGGUCGUUCUUGUGACACAUUUCAUUGCGGCUAUCCAGAGCGCUGAGCUCGUGGUCUCUCUGGAACAUGGACGAAUAUCGUUCGUGAGAGACGAAUCUGACGCCCAGACUACGUGCCCAACUCAAGAAGAACAGGCUCUUUCGUCUGCCACCAUCACCCCCACAGCUCAGAGUAUUGAGCUGCAUAAUUGCAUUCCCGAGGUGGAUGGAGUAGAGGAUUUCGGUCAGAAUAUGGACGUGCAGGACAUGGAACACGGAGAGAAGAGUGCAUCCGGCCGAGUCCCACGAUCAAUGAUUCUCAGCUACGUGCUGUUAUUUGGCGGUCUUCCAUAUGCCCUCUUGGCCAUUUUCAGCGCCAUGAUGGUCCAGGUUGCCUACUUUUCCAUCACGUUGUGGCUGUCCAUCUGGACGGGCUCAUAUACAGAAGGCGAGGAUCGUUCAAAGGCAUUCAAGUAUCUGUUAGUGUACAUCGGAACCGUCCUGGCGUUUGUGUCCCUUCAAUUCCUCAACAACUUCAUCUACCAGAGGGGAGGAUGGAAUGCGGCCAAGACGAUGCACCAGCGAUUAGUCACUGCAGUCAUCAACGCACCGAUAAUUUGGUUCGAUAGAACUCCCAUCGGCCAGAUUCUCAACCGUUUCGGCCUGGAUACGCAGUCACUGGACUCUCUCCUCGUCGACUGGCUCCGGAUGACUCUCGACAACGGUUUGCGAUUCCUCCUCCGCCUGGCAAGUAUUGCAUCCAUCAUGCCCAUAUUCGCACUCCCAGCUGCAUUCUUCUGCCUCAUCGGCUUUGCCACAGGUGAGCUAUACUCGCGGGCCGAGAUAUCAAUCAAGCGGCUUGUUGCUGCCAAGUUCGCCCCGGUAUUCUCGCACUUCAACGACACAUGCGCGGGGAUAGCUGUCAUCCGUGGCCGGAAUAUGGACGCUGUCUUCCAGAAGCUUCUGGCCGACAAGCUGGUGCCGCACAUGCGUGCAUCGGAAACCCAAUUCAAUUGCAACCGCUGGGUCUCGGUGAGAUCCGACUGCUGCGCUGCCACAAUAGCAGCCACGGCCGGCUUCAUCGCUUACUACAAGGCUGGGUCCGCGGGCCUAGUAGGUUUCUCACUCACCAAUGCCAUCGGGCUCAGCCAGACCAUCUUGACUUUGGUCAGGAACAUGAACGAGUUGGAAGUGGAGCUGAACUCGUUCCAGCGCAUAUCUCAAUACACCAAGAUUGAGCCCGAAGAGAGCGAGGAGAAACGAAAGGCGCUGGAGAAGGAGGCCCACGUUGCGGCAUCUUGGCCGUCCUCCGGUCAGGUUGAAUUUCGCAACGUGACAGCUCGUUACUCGUCAGAUGGGCCCAAUGUCUUGCACGAUGUUGACUUUGUUGCCAAGCCCGGCGAGCGCAUCGCCGUCAUCGGCAGGACAGGUAGUGGGAAGAGUACGCUUGCUCUGUCUCUGCUGCGUUCUACGCAGAUUGUUUCUGGUGGUGUCACCAUUGAUGGCAUAGACGUCGGCAAUAUCCCUCUCGGGAGGUUAAGGCAGAGUAUUGGCCUCAUUCCACAGGAACCCAUGCUCUUUUCCGGAGAUGUGCGGUCAAACAUUGAUCCUUCUGGAGAGAUGGAUGAGACGGAGCUUCAAUCCGUGCUUUCGGCUUGCAGCCUUGCAGGUGAUCAGGUAGGGAGCACAGACGGACAUGCAUUUGAUAUCUCACUAGACACCCCCGUCGCUCACGGCGGAAGGAAUUUCAGCAAUGGGCAGCGCCAGAUAAUCGGCCUCGCCCGAGCAAUCUGUCGCCGCUCCAAGGUAGUGAUAAUGGAUGAGGCAACUGCUUCCGUUGAUCACGAGACGGACAAGAAGAUGCAGGCCAUUAUACGCUCGGAGUUCUCCGGCUCGACGAUAAUAACCAUUGCCCAUCGACUACGGACCAUCAUGGACUAUGACAGAGUUGUCGUUAUGGGUGGGGGCAAAAUCUUGGAGUGA